AUGGAGGGAGUCCCCGGCCUCGCCGCCGCGACGCGCCCAGCCCAGCCCGCCUCGCUGCGGGGAAGCUGCCUGCGGAGGCUCCGCAGCCUCCUGCCCGUGGGCGCCUGGCAGGAGACCCAGGAGCUGGCCAAGAUCGGGGGGCCGGUGUUCCUAUCCCAGUUGCUGAUCUUCCUGAUCAGCGUGGUCAGCUCCAUAUUCUGUGGCCAUCUGGGGAAAGCUGAGCUAGAUGCUGUGACACUUGCUGUAUCCGUUAUCAAUGUUACCGGCAUCUCAGUUGGCUCUGGCUUAGCAUCGGCAUGCGACACCCUAAUGUCCCAGACUUACGGCGGUAAGAACAUGAAGCGGGUGGGGAUCAUCCUGCAGCGUGGCACCCUCAUCCUGCUGCUUUGCUGCUUCCCCUGCUGGGCUCUCUUCGUCAACACCGAGCAGAUCCUGCUGCUCUUCAGACAGGACCCGGAAGUCUCCAGGUUAACCCAGAUUUACGUGAUGAUCUUUAUCCCAGCCCUUCCCGCAGCGUUUCUGUACCAGCUGCAGACAAGAUAUUUACAAAGCCAGGCAAUCAUCUUGCCUCAGAUCGUGACGGGUGUUGCAGCCAAUCUCCUCAACGUGGCCAUGAACGCCUUCUUCCUGUAUGCACUGAAGCUGGGAGUAGUGGGCUCUGCCUGGUCCAACACUGUUUCCCAAUACACCCAGGCUGUUCUCCUCUUCCUGUACGUGUGGUGGAAGAAAAUACACGUCAAGACCUGGGGAGGCUGGACCAGGGAAUGUCUCCAGGACUGGGGGUCUUUCAUUCAGCUGGCCGUGCCCGGCAUGCUCAUGAAGUGUAUCGAGUGGUGGACCUUUGAGAUUGGGAGCUUUCUUGCAGGUCUGAUCAGCAUGGUGGAGCUGGGAACACAGUCAGUAAUCUACGAACUGUUCACUGCAGCAUACAUGGUGCCACUGGGCUUCAGCGUGGCUGCCACGGUCCGAGUUGGCAACGCCUUGGGAGCGGGCAAUGCAGAGCAGGCAAAGAAGUCCUGUAUAACAGCACUGCUGUGCACAGGAGUGUUUGCCGUGGUGGUCGGUGCCCUUCUGGGAUCCUUGAAGGACGUAGUGGGCUAUAUCUUCACCAGUGACAAAGAGAUUAUUACCUUGGUGUCGAAGGUGAUGCUGAUAUUUGCUCCCUUCCACUUGCUUGAUGCAAUAGCAGCUACGUGCGGCGGCGUGCUGGGAGGGACCGGGAAACAGAAGAUCGGCGCCAUCGCCAAUGCCAUCGGGUAUUACGUCAUCGGCUUCCCCAUUGGAAUCUCGCUGAUGUUCGCCGCCAAGCUCGGGGUACUAGGCCUGUGGAUAGGGAUGGCCGUCUGCAUCUUCUUCCAAGCCCUUUCCUUCUUGAUUUUUGUCUUGCGCAUGGACUGGAAGAAAGCUGCGGAGGAGGCUCAAAUCCGAGCAGGGCUCAAAGAGCAGCCGGUAGCAGUGUCCUCCAGUCGUGCUGGAGCUGAUGAAACAGGCGAUUCAGAGUAUUUCACAGUUGAAACGGCCAUCCAGAAUGUGGUGGUUUUGCCUGAUCCUGUCCCCAGGAGUGAGAGCCAGCCAGAUCGCCAGCUCAUCCGGCAGGAGGACUCUGCACCAGGCUCCAUCUCCCCAGGAGAGAAGGUCUUGUCGGGGAAGGAGCUGAUCUACCGUCGCGGGCUAGCUCUGGCUGUGGCCAUUGCAGUCCUGCUAGUGGGCGUUUUAGUCCGGCUCCUGACCGGUAAUGGCUAG